AUGCACCAACUGCACCAAAUGCUUGUCCAAUGCCAAGCCUUGGGCCAGUCUUUUCCACUUCAAGCCUCGGGCCCGAUAAGCUUGCGAUAACACUGAUAACGCCGUAAGCCGAUUCUGGCGGCGAGGCGGCCUGAGUAAUCCCCCACUUCCAUGAAUAAUCUCAACCUUCUCCGGAGCAAAACGACCGUCACUUCUCUUCAUGUUUGCAAUUACUGCAAGAAAUCUUAGUGUUUACACAUCAGGACGGUCUGGGAUGGUACCAUACAUAAACAACUGUUGAUCGGCUCAGCAUUCACCAGCAUUAUGGCUGCCUUUGUGAAGAGAUCCGCGAAGCUUGCCCCUCACUUACGAUCAGCUACACAGCUUUCACGGAGAGAAAUUGCCUCUGCAACAUCUGCAAUUCAAGAAUAUCCUCGCCAUAAUCUUCCUCCAGAACCACUUGUCCAACCGAGGAGAGAGGCAAUCAAGAAUGCUAAACCCUUUUCCGCGUUCCUCACAGACACCUUCCAGCGUCAACAUGACUACCUCCGCAUCUCCAUAACAGAGAAAUGCAAUUUGCGAUGUCUUUACUGCAUGCCAGAAGAAGGAGUCCCUCAAUCGCCACCUCCGAACCUCCUCACAACGCCCGAAAUCUUUCUACUAUCCUCUACCUUCGUCUCUCAAGGCGUCACCAAAAUACGACUGACUGGUGGUGAACCUACUGUACGAAAAGACAUUCUUCCUCUGAUGCACCAAAUCGGUUCACUCCGAUCACAAGGACUCAAAGAGCUCUGUUUGACCACCAAUGGCAUUGCCCUCCACCGGAGGCUGGAUAGCAUGGUCGAGGCAGGACUUACAGGCGUGAAUCUUAGUCUCGAUACUCUCGACCCUUGGCAGUUCCAGAUCAUGACGCGGCGGAAAGGCUUCGAAGCGGUGAUGAAGAGCAUAAAUCGGAUACUAGAAAUGAACAAACUAGGGGCGAGCAUCAAGCUGAAAAUCAAUUGCGUGGUAAUGCGGGGUAUGAACGAGAGGGAGAUAAUACCAUUUGUGGAGAUGGGACGAGAACAAGACCUAGAAGUGAGGUUCAUUGAAUACAUGCCGUUCGAUGGUAACAAAUGGAGCCAAGGGAAGAUGCUCAGCUUUCAAGAAAUGCUGGAUAUGAUCAGAGAAAAGUACCCAGGUUUGCGGAAGGUCCUGGAUCACAAGAACGAUACAAGCAAGACAUACGAAAUACCUGGGUUUGCUGGAAGGAUAGGGUUCAUUACAAGCAUGACACAUAACUUCUGUGGAAGCUGCAACAGGCUUCGAAUCACGAGCGAUGGCAACUUGAAGGUCUGCCUCUUCGGCAAUGAUGAAGUCUCGCUUCGAGACAUGAUCCGGAAAUCCAACAACGGGAAUCCAAUCGACGAAGAGGUAUUCGAAGCCAUGAAACAGAUCGAAAUGGACAGACGACAAGGUUUACCAGCAUCUGGAAGUUCAUUGGGUGGUACAGAGACCGAGCGAGAACUGUUAAACAUCAUUGGCAUUGCGGUGAAGGGCAAGAAGGAAAAGCAUGCUGGGAUGGGAGAACUGGAGAAUAUGAAGAAUAGGCCAAUGAUCUUGAUAGGUGGGUAGGUCUUCCAUCUUCUUGAUAUUGGGUCUUCCAAGUUACGAUUGGGCUUUUGCAUUGGCGGCGUGCUUUCGGUGUAUACCCAGCAAUGAUGUAUGUAGGUCAUGAUAUCACGAGAAUAAUGUAUUCACAUGAACCAUGA